AUGGAUCCUCUCUCGAUAGCCGCCUCAGCAGCCGGCAUCGUAACAAUAUGUCUCCAAACCGUCAAACUCCUUCAGCGCGCCAUCGAGACCAUCAAAAAUGCGCGCUCGCUCCUCACUAAACUCCUUUCCCACGUCGAGCGAGUGCGUCUUCUCCUCGAACAGCUGCGAGGUCUCACAAAACAACUUGGCGUCAAAGCCAAUAAACUUUUACUCUAUUUCAACGAUACAGAGACGAGGGGGACGAUGGGUGAGUUGAAGAUCUUGGUGAAGCAAAUAAGCGAGGCGGGCAGUUUUGUGGGACUGCAGAUGCUGAUGAAGAAGAGUCGGGUGGAAGGGUUGUGUGGACGGUUGAAGGAGCAUGAGGGAGAGAUUGUUACGGUGUUGUUGAGUGUUGCUACGGCGUCGGCUGUGAGGACUGAAGAAGAGGUCAAGCAGAUGCAUGAGGAGAGUAAGAUCCAGUCAGAAGUUGUGCCGUUAUUUGAAGAAGCACCGCCUGCAUACUCAACUUCCUCAUCUACUGCCUCGAAAAGGAAAGUUCAAAUCUGGUGGGGAGACACUUAUCGAGAGCGAUUUGAGCCCGAAUAUCUAAAGCUGCGAGAUGAGCUGUCUGACGCUGCGAGGAUUGGCGACUUCGACAGUAUUUUCAAGGUUCUCAGGACUGCAAGAGACAAGUAUGGUGAAAAUUGGGCUAAUGCUCCUCGAUUAAAUCAGUCCGACCCAAGUAAAGCCACAGGCUGGACACCUCUCCACCAAAUGGUCUUCAUGGGCGCUCCAGCUGCCACAGUCCAGAAACUCCUAGACCUCGGAGCCCUGAAAACCCUCCGCACAACUGUAACCGAUCCCUCAGAAUUUACACACCCAAAUGUAACGGCCCUCGAAAUCGCCCAUCUCCAUGGCCACUUCCACCUCGUACCACUUCUCUCACCUGUGAUUAGGCAUUUAUGUCCUAGUGGCACGUUGUAUAAAUUAGAAACUGAGUUCCAUAAAUUAAUCCAAGAUGAUUUGAAGGGUAGACAUCAGAGACAUCAUUUGAGGCUUCCAGAGUUAGAGAUUUUAACAGAAUUGGAGGUGCCGGAGUGUUGGUUUGGGUUGAAGGGGAAGGACGUGGGCGAGGUCAGGGGAUAUCUAUAUAGACUUGACGGCAGGGAGUUGGUUGUUAAAGUUCUUGGUGUGAAGGAUGGGAUGGAUGAGAGACUUUAUCGGAUUUCGGCAUCUGGGACCAGGGAGAUUGUCGAUGGUGUUGUUUUUAAUAGUGGGUUGAAGAGGAGGUGA